AUGGAUUAUGACAUGUUAGGCAUGGAGGAGCCAACAGGCCCUCAAGUCACCGUCCGUGAGGCUGAACCCUACCGUGUCGACUUCCGCCUAAGCUCAGUCGACCUCGCCUUCGCGAAUUCCCUUCGCCGCGCAAUCCUCGCCGAAGUCCCCACCGUAGCGCUCGAUCUAAUUGAAAUCGAAACAAACUCUUCCAUCCUUCCCGAUGAAAUGCUUGCUCACCGUCUCGGUAUGAUCCCCCUAAACGCAAAGAAUUGCGACCAGGAUCUCGAAUAUACCCGAGACUGCGACUGCGAAGACCACUGUGUGCGUUGCAGUGUGACGUUGACAUUGCAUGCACGGUGCGGAAACGGUAUUAUGGCUGUUUAUGCGCGCGAUCUUAUGAUUCGUGGCGAGCGUGUUAACGAUACAAUUGGGGAUCCUGUUAUUACGGAUCCUGAAGGAAAGGGACCGUUGAUUUGCAAGUUGCGAAAGGGUCAGGAGAUCAAGUUGAGUUGUCUUGCGAAGAAGGGGACGGCGAAGGAGCAUGCGAAGUGGGCACCUACUUCUGCUGUGGGAUUUGAGUAUGAUCCCAACAAUAAUAUGCGUCAUGUGGAUUACUGGUAUGAGGCGGAUCCUGUCAAGGAGUGGCCCAUCUCAGAGAAUGCCGCAUGGGAGCCAGCCGCUGGCCCAGAUCAACCCUUCGACUACGACGCCGAGCCAAACACCUUCUACGUCGACGUAGAAAGUAUCGGAAACCUCGAACCAGACAUGAUCAUCCAACAGGGCAUCGUAUGUCUCCAGCGCAAGCUAGCCACCACCGUCUCCGUACUCCAAGGCGAAGGCGAAGACGGCCAAGCCGGUCACCUGGAGGAUCAUGAUAUGAUGGGCGGGGGUGACGCAGAUGGCUACGAGCCACCAGAGGGUAUAGACGGGAACUUGACAUCGUAUGGAAACGGCGGUGCCAGUGCAUGGGGCGCCAGUGCGCAAACCCCGUACGGCGCCACGCCUUACGGACAAAGUGCAUAUGGAUUUUAA